ACAAUGACCCGGAAGUGAUCCAACGCCACUCACAUGUGGACGGGCACUUUAACACUGACGGGAACGUGCUCGGUGAUGUUGUUGUCAUCCAUCCCGGACGAUCCGGCGAUGAGUUUCUGAUUCGCGGUUACACGGAAUUUAUAAAGCGUUAAAAAAAAAAAAAAAUCAAAACUAAACUGUGCACGUGUUCCCGAGACGUGUUCGCGGCUGCACCCUGUGCACGCGCGGCUAAAUGACGGCAUGGAGACUCUGGAGCUGAGCCUGGCAUCCCUGGCCACGAUUUCCAGACACGUCGAAAAAAGUCACGGCGAGCUCAGCAAGUAUUUAACGAAGCAGAUAUGGAGCCAGCAGGACAGACAAGCCAUCCUGUGCUGUUUGACUCAGCUCCUGAUAGAGAAGGAGUACACGCUCCUGAUCGCUCGGCACCUGCGGCCGCUCGUGCUCGACCUGCUAGAGAGGAACGCCGAGCGAAUCAAGAAGGACGUUCGCCUCAACCACGACCUCCACGAGAGACUGUGUGUAGCGCUCAGCAAGCUCCUCAGUGUCAGCCCCGAUGCUCAGGCGUUUGCGGCGAGGUACUUCACCAGCGCGCCGCCCGUCUUUCAGAGACUCUUCUUCACCAGCGAAGAGGCCGCCUCUAUCCACUACGGCCCCAGGCGCAUGAAGCUGCGUGACCUGAUGGGGGCCACCCUCCGCUUCCUGCAGAGCGACUGCGAGAAGUUCCGCGUGCUGUGGGACUGGAGCGCCUGCAUCUCGCAGCUGCUCACGAGUGACGUCAUGGUCCGAGGUUACACAGCGCAGUGCCUUGCUUUGGUGUCCCACAUGACCGACAACCAGAAAACAAUCUUCCUGAGGAAGGUUCUGUCCAGUGACGAGAUUCUGCAUCUAAAAAUGAAGUCGCUAGAGGAGACUCAGCAGCUGGAGGUUGAGAGAGCUCUGGUUUUAGCCAAUCAGGGCUCUGUGAUGUGGCAGUUGGAAAAAGGAAAUAAGCUCACCAAGGGGCAGAUGGGGUCAGGAGACCUGUCGCAGGGCAUCACCGCUGUGUGCGGUGUGAUCUUAGCCAGACUGACGCCUCGACAGGAAGAGCAGACGUCUUUGAAAACCCUGGUGCUGGUGGAUUCGACGUGUCGAAACCUCCGGCGGCUCGCCAUGGCCGUCGCGUCCCAGAGGCCCGUUCUUCUGGAAGGACCUAUCGGAUGUGGGAAAACAGCUCUGGUCGAAUAUCUAGCAGCCGCUACGGGCCACGUCAAAUCCCCCAACAUCCUCAAGGUUCAGCUGGGAGAUCAGACAGACAGCAAAAUGUUGCUUGGGAUGUACAGAUGCACAGACAUCCCUGGCAAGUUCGUGUGGCAGCCCGGAUCCCUGACUCAGGCCGUAUCCAAGGGUUACUGGAUCCUCCUGGAGGAUAUCGAUCACGCACCGUUGGAUGUGAUAUCCGUGCUGCUGCCGCUGAUGGAGAACAAGAAGCUGACCAUCCCAGGCCGGGAGGACUGCAUUCAGGUCGCUCCAGGCUUCCAGUUCUUCGCUACGAGACGGAUCUUCUACAGCGGUGGAGUGUGGCACCGGCCUCAGAGCACCCACGCUGCUCUACUAGACAAGUACUGGAACAAGCUGCAGAUUGGGAAUAUGACCAGAGAGGAACUCAAACAGGUCGUGCUAGAUAAGUUCCCUAACUUGGCUGUGGUGGUGGAUCGAUUACUGGACAUUUAUUGUCAGCUGACCGGCGACAAACACCACGUCGCUGUCGCUGCUUCUGGCCCACAGAACCCAAGUGAGGACCGAACCACCAUGCUGGAAGGCCGAGGACUCUCUCUGAGGGAUUUGCUGAAGUGGUGUGAGAGAAUAUACGUGAACUUCGACAGCUCCUCCUCGAACACGGCGCAGAACGUCUUCCUGGAGGCCCUCGACUGCUUCACCGCCAUGCAGUCCAAAGCAGAGAGCCGCCUGAAGUUGGCCGAGGUCAUCGGCAGCAAGCUCAACAUCUCCAAAGAGAAGGCUCAGCACUUCUGUCAGAUGUACCAGCCUGCCAUCAGUAUCACGGAGCUGGAGGUGACGGUAGGACGCACCAUGCUGCUGCGGAAACAGAGCGACGCCGUGCGCCUCGACGUAGAUAAGCAAACGUUCGCGGCUACACGUCCCUCCUCCGUGCUUCUGGAGCAGCUGGCUGUGUGCGUCACGAAAGGCGAGCCCGUGUUGUUGGUUGGCGAGACGGGCACAGGGAAGACCUCCACCGUGCAGUAUUUAGCUGGAUUAACAGGACACAAGCUGCGUGUGAUCAACAUGAACCAGCAGAGCGACACCGCUGAUCUCCUGGGAGGGUACAAACCCGUGGAUCAUAAGCUCAUCCUGUUGCCCCUGCGUGAGGCGUUUGAGGAUCUGUUCUCUCAGACGUACUCCCGCAAGCAGAACAUAACCUUCCUGGGUCACGUGCAGACCUGCUUCCGAGGGAAACGCUGGCAGGACCUGCUCAAGCUCAUGGACCACGUGUGCAAGUCGGCCCUCACCAAGGAGCUGCAGGACAAGCCUAAUGCUGCGUUGCUGCAGCAGCAGUGGGAGGCACUCGCUCUCAGACUCAGCCAGACUCAGGAGCAGAUCCGAGCUCGGGAAUCGGCACUGGUGUUUGCCUUCGUCGAGGGUACCCUGGCGCAGGCAGUCAAGAAGGGAGAGUGGAUCCUGCUCGAUGAGAUCAACCUGGCUGCAGCCGAAACCCUAGAGUGUCUGAGCGGGCUGCUAGAGGGCAGCGCCGGGUCUCUGGUGCUGCUGGACCGAGGAGAUACAGAACCCCUGGUGCGCCACUCCGACUUCCGCCUGUUCGCCUGCAUGAACCCGGCCACCGACGUAGGCAAGAGGAACCUGCCCCUGGGAAUCCGCAACAGGUUUACCGAGCUGUACGUAGAAGAGCUGGAGAGCGAGGGCGAUCUACGCGUCCUGGUCUCGGAUUACCUCAAAGGCCUUAACUUGAACAGAAGUACCAUCCAUGGAGUCAUCAGUUUUUAUUUGGCCAUUCGCAAGGAGGCGAGCUCGCGCUUGGUGGACGGCACUGGCCACAAGCCUCACUACAGUUUACGCACACUGUGCCGUGCUCUCAAGUACGUCGCCACUAACCCCUGCUACAACGUCCAACGGUCUCUCUUCGAGGGUUUUUGCUUAAGCUUUCUAACACAGCUGGACCGCAGUUCCCAUCCCGUCGUGGAGAAAUUAGUGCACCAGUACAUUCUGGGAGGAAACAUCAAGUGUCUUAAACAGCCAAUCCCGGAGCCCCGCUCCCGUGGCUGUCUGCAGAUCGAGGGCUACUGGUUGUGUCAGGGUGACAUGGACCCAGCACUGGACCCGAGCUACAUCCUCACUCCUUCUGUGCGCCUCAACCUCCGAGACCUGGCCCGCGUUGUGGCUGCUGGCAUCCACCCGGUGCUGAUCCAGGGUGAGACGUCGGUAGGGAAAACCAGCCUGGUCCGGUGGCUAGCGGCUGCCACGGGGAACCAGUGUGUGAGGAUCAACAACCACGAGCACACAGACAUCCAGGAGUACAUCGGCUGCUACUCAUCCGACGAGCACGGGAAGCUCGUCUUCAAAGAAGGCGUCCUGAUCGAUGCCAUGCGGAAGGGCUAUUGGAUCAUCCUGGACGAACUGAACCUCGCCCCCACUGACGUCCUCGAAGCCCUGAACAGGCUGCUAGAUGACAACAGGGAACUCUUCGUCGCCGAGACACAGGAAGUAGUGAAGGCACAUCCGAGAUUCAUGCUCUUUGCUACCCAGAAUCCCCCAGGUCUCUACGGUGGCAGAAAGGUCUUGUCGAGGGCGUUCAGGAAUCGCUUUGUGGAGCUGCAUUUUGACGAGUUACCCAGCGAAGAGCUGGAGACCAUCCUUCACCAGCGCUGCAGCCUUCCUCCAUCUUACUGCACCAAACUGGUCAAAGUCAUGCAGAACCUUCAGUCUUUGCGACGUGGGUCCAGCGUGUUCGCCGGGAAGCACGGUUACAUCACCCUCAGAGAUUUGUUCCGAUGGGCCGAGCGCUAUAGACUGGAAGAGCAGACCGACUCGUCACGUGACUGGCUGCAACAUCUAGCCGACGACGGGUACAUGCUGCUGGCGGGCCGGGUCCGUAAGCCAGAGGAGGCUUUAACCAUCCAGAACGUUCUGGAAAAGCACUUUAAGAGGACGGUAAACCCAGAUGCACUGUUCUCUGAGGCUCAGGUCAACACCCAGUUCAGUCCGUUUGUGGCCAGCCUUGCUGGCAUGCCUGAGGAGUUUGGUCAUGUGGUUUGGACCCAAGGCAUGAGGAGGCUUGCCGUGCUGGUGGGUCGUGCGCUCCGUUUUGGAGAGUCCGUCCUGCUGGUGGGCGACACCGGGUGUGGUAAGACCACAAUAUGCCAGCUGUUUGCUGCUCUGGCUGGACUGAAGUUUUUCGCUGUGAAUUGCCACCUGCACAUGGAGACGUCCGACUUCUUGGGCGGUUUACGGCCGGUCCGGCACAUUGGAACGGGCCAGGCGGAUGCUGAAGAUGGCCGUUUGUUCGAAUGGCGCGAUGGACCCCUGGUGCUUGCUAUGAAACAGGAAGGAGUGUUUUUGAUGGAUGAGAUCUCACUGGCUGACGACUCCGUGUUGGAGAGACUCAAUAGCGUAUUGGAGACGGAGAAAUCUCUGGUCCUGGCAGAGAAAGGCAGCAGUGAUGACGACGACGUCGAGCUCAUCAUCGCCGGGAAGAAAUUUCGACUGGUUGCGACUAUGAACCCCGGUGGAGAUUUCGGCAAGAAAGAGCUUUCCCCAGCAUUGAGGAACAGGUUCACUGAGAUCUGGUGUCCUCAGUCUAACAGCCGCGGUGAUCUGAUGAAGAUCGUCCAGCACAACUUGCGAGCGGGGCUUUCUUUAGACCAGCAUGACCACCAAGGCAAGGACGUCGCCGAGGUCAUGUUGGACUUCAUAGACUGGCUGACCAAUCAGGAGUUUGGGAGGCGAUGCAUCCUAAGCGUAAGGGACAUCCUGUCUUGGGUGGACUUCCUGAAUGCCGUGUGCGAGAAGGACGAGGAUCGAGAUGAGAGCAGCUUCAUGGGUCUGGAGGAGAUAGAGGAGCCGGAGUGGGACCAGAGGCUGGACACGGUCACUGCCUUCAUCCACGCCGCCUGCCUCGUUUACAUCGACGGCAUCGGAUCAGGGACAACAGUCUCAGCAGCAGAGAACGUCGCGGCGGCGAGGAAGGCGUGUCUGGCUUUUCUGGAGACGAAGCUACGCAGGAUCACUAAGCUAGACGAGAAGAUGCAGGAGGCUCUGAGGGUUUACGACACCAGCCUGGUCAGAGAGUCACGCUGGGGGGACGACUUCUUCGGCAUCGAGCCCUUCUACGUCGUGGCUGAUCCCGAGAGCGAAAGCCGCGGUCUGUUAGACUACGCCCUCGGUGCAGGCACGACAGCGAUGAAUACCAUGAGGAUCUUGCGUGCGCUGAAGCUCCAGAGACCCAUCCUGCUGGAGGGUUCACCCGGAGUGGGCAAGACCAGUCUGGUGGCCGCGCUUGCCAAGGCCUCUGGGAACCAGCUCGUCAGAAUCAACCUCUCUGAGCAGACAGAUGUUACAGACCUGUUUGGAACUGACCUUCCAGUGGAGGGCGGUAAAGGAGGAGAGUUUGCUUGGCGUGACGGUCCUCUCCUUGCUGCUCUAAAGGCCGGACAUUGGAUUGUACUAGAUGAGCUGAACCUGGCCUCUCAGUCGGUGUUGGAGGGUCUGAACGCCUGCUUCGAUCACCGAGCAGAAAUCUACAUCCCGGAACUGAGCAUACGUUUCCAGGUCCGGCAUGAGAAAACCAAGAUCUUUGGCUGCCAGAACCCCUUCACACAAGGAGGCGGUCGCAAAGGCCUGCCCAAGUCCUUCCUCAACAGGUUUACUCAGGUGUACGUGGACCAGCUCAGCAGUGAAGAUAUGCAGUUCAUUGGUAACUCCAUCUUUCCAAACAUCAGUGAGCAGAUCAUCUCUAAAAUGGUUCAGUUCAGCAACAAGCUUGUGACCGAGGUGGCAGUAGAGAGAAAAUGGGGUCAGAAAGGAGGACCGUGGGAGUUCAACCUGCGAGACCUGUUCCGUUGGUGUCAGCUGAUGCAAGCCGACCAAUCACCAGCCUUCUAUAACCCGGGCCAGCACGUCGGACUGGUGUACGCGGACCGGAUGCGAACGGAAGCAGAUAAGGCUCAGGUGCUGUCUGUCUUCAGGAAGGUGUUCGCUGAAGAUUUCGAGCCUCACUUAGGCUCCAGGCAGUUCCAUAUCACUCCUCUAAAUCUGCAGGUGGGCUCGUCAGUCCUUCAGCGCAGCGGCGGAGCCCCUGUGGUCUUGGAUCCUCCCCUGUCGAUCACUCAUCAAGCUCUGCGUCCGCUGGAGUCCUUAAUGAAAUGCGUGAAGAUGGGCUGGAUGGCUAUACUGGUGGGCCCCAGCGCCAGUGGGAAGAGCAGUCUGGUGCACCUGCUUGCCUUGCUGACCGGACACAGGCUCAGGGUGAUGGCUAUGAACAGCGCCAUGGACACUACCGAACUGCUGGGCGGGUUUGAACAGGUGGAUAUCAUCCGACCAUGGCAGCAGGUCUUGGAGAGCAUGGACUACGUGGUGGCCAUGGUGACACGGCGCGGGCUGAUGUCUCUGGACGGAGGGGUCCAGGACACAGAGUUCCUUCUGAGCACCUGGAGCACGUUCCGCCGCUGGCUGAAGGACGAGGGACUCGACACGGCUGACGGCACGGUGACGUUCGAGGCCCUGAACAAGCUAGAGGUCAUCAUCGUGCUGCUACACAAACUCAACACCAAGCUCAAGGUCUUCACAGACAUGUCGAAGCUGCAGAUGGACUUCACCCUUCUGAAGGAGCGCUUGGCGCAGAUGGAGGACGGUUGGAGUCACGGCGGUUUCGAAUGGCUGGAUGGCACGUUGGUCCAGGCACUGCAGGCUGGAGACUGGCUACUCAUGGACAACGUCAACUUCUGCAGCCCGUCUGUGCUGGAUCGUCUGAACGCUCUUCUGGAGCCUGGCGGGUCUUUGACCAUCAAUGAGCGCGGGGUCAUAGACGGCACAACGCCGAGCAUCACGCCGCACCCUAACUUCAGGCUAUUCCUCACCAUGGACCCCACGCAUGGGGAGAUCUCCCGCGCCAUGAGGAACCGCGGCGUGGAGAUCUACGUCCCGGGAGAGAACGAGGGAGCGUGUUGGGACUCGCUGGACCUGAAGACGAUCUUGCACACUCUGGGCGUGACCGGAGAUUGCGUGUGCGACCUGCUGAUGACCGUUCAUUCCGAGAUCAAGUCGGCCAUCUGGGAUUCGCCGGCGUCCUCCGUGUCAUCUCUGCUGCAUGCGGCGGCGCUGUUGUCCGGUCAGCUGCAGAGAGGUGUAGACCUGCCCAGCGCCCUCCUGCAGGCGUGUGGGGAAGCGUACGCCCUCUGUCAGCGCACCUCUGCCAACCAAAAGCUCGCUCAGGAGCUGAUAGAGAGGCAGUUGGCGGUGUUAGACUCGGAAGAAUGGGGUAGUGGACUGGUGUGUGCAGGCGUGUGGCCGGAUCGAGUGCCUUCUGCGCUGCAGUCCACAGAAGAUUCGUGCUUUUCCAGCGUCCAGAGGGACGGCCAGGUCCUCCUCUACUGUCUGAACACGCUCAGCCUGCACAGCAAGAGGAGUCGCCCGCUGAUCCUGACUGACUUGCAGAGGGCGAUGCAGAGCGCUGCAGCACUGGAAACCCUGCAGUUUCCUCCAGAAGGCGGCAGUGCAGGUGACAGGAUCAGGGACGCCCAGCAGCUCCUCCCCACGGCGGUGCGGAUCCUGACCGAGGGAGCCUCCCACAGCGACUGGGUCCUGCGUACAAGCUGGCUCUCGCACCUCGCCAAAAGCUACAAACACGUACCAGAAGCCGCGCUGAUACAGAUGGAGGCGGGGAAUCAGGCUCUCAAAGCAGUCUUCAACAGCAAGCUCGUCGGCAAGGGCAAAUACCUGACCGAGCACCUUCAACCCCACAGCACGGAUGACUACAGGAUCCUGGUAGACAUGCGCUGGAACAAGCAGUACCUGGACAUCCUGGCGAACACCUGUAACUUUGAGGACGAGGAGCGGUGUAUGGAGUUUAUGGAAGCUCUGUAUGCCGUCGCCAACAGGCUCAUAAUACUGAUGGACCGAGAGGAGAGAGCAGCUAUAUGCAGCAGCACAGGAAAUACAUCACCCAGUAACAGUGCGCUAAGAUUGGCCACUGCCUUUUCUAAAGGAACGGUAGAUAUUGCGCAGCUGCCCCAUCCAGUCCUGAUGCACCUGCGCUCUUUCUUUGACCUGUGGGACGCCUUCGUUCUGCAGGCCGUGCAGACGGACCAGCCGAACAUUUCGGACCACCUCAUGUUCGAGAUCUUGCAGCUGCUCCAGUGGCGAGACCGUUUCUGGAAUGUGUGUAACUCCUUGCCGGCGGACACACGCGGAGUGUGUGUGCUCUCCCUGCACUGGCAGUGGGUCCACAAACACCUGGUACUACGGCUGCCCCAGCUCCUGAUGGGCGACGGAGACUACGAAGGGCAGCAAGAGCUGCACACCAUCUCCUCAGCGAUCCAGAACACACUCUCCAGCUCCGUGUCUGUGGCACUGGCACUGAAGAGCAUCCAGAAAACCCUGGGAAAGCCUCUUCCGUUUAAGUCAGAGAGCGUGGCCGAAUGCUCCGCCCAGCUCCGCGUCUUCAGCAAGGCUUUCGAUGUCAGGGACUUGCGCCUGAACGACAGAGCGCCGUCGCUGUGGAAACAGGAAGUGGCCCGGCUGCGGGGCGUCGCCAUGAGAACAGACUGCAAGGAAGCCCUGCUUGAAGGCUGGGGUCUGGUCCUGCAGGCUAACCUUCUUCUUGAGCCGCAGAGUACCGGUGUGCUGGAGAGAUUACGUACCUGUGUGGAUCAGCAGCAGGGAUACAUGGCGUCCUUUGGCCUGCUGGAUUCGGUCUCCGAAGCCGAGAACGAGGAGGAGACGGGAUACGGCGCAGGACCGGACCGUGGGCUGUUACUGCGGCUGGCUCGCAGGGCUCAGCUCUGGCCUGUGCUGGAGGAACUCGCCAUCCUCAACCAGAUGAAAGUGACUGCGGAUCUGCUACACCAGUCUGUCACACGCAGAGGGAGUAAAAAUGAGGAGGAAGACCUUCGAAGAUCCCUGUCCAACCACCUGCGCUUCUGCAUGCAGUCCACCCCCUUGAACAUCCGUCUGCUCCAGCCACUGUGGUUCCUCCUCAGCACAGAGCGGCCUGUAGACGAGCUGUCGUUGGUGUGGUGUGAGCUGCUUUCCGAGACGCUGGCAGCGCUCUGGAGUGGCAGCGUGACCUCCGAUCCCGAUCGCUGGCUCAAAUGGAGCCCUCUGAGUCCUGAGGAAGAGACGAAGAAGAGCUUCCGAUCGCUGCUGGGGCCCUCUGAUACGGGUCCCGGCAUGUUGAGCCGAGCCGUGUGGUCCCGGUGCGUGCUGGGGGUUUUGAGCAGCAGUGAAACGGGCGGGUGCUGGGACCCAUCGGGCUCGUCCUUCCUGACCUCGUCGCGAGUGACGCUGGGCGAGUGGAGAGAGCGGAUCGGGCAACUCCAGGACCUCAGCGCCGUGCUGUGGGACAACCUGGCCAUGUCCGAACUCGCCGACUUUAGAUUAACAGACCGCAGGUUGCAGGGCCUGGUCCUGUGCCGGCAGCUGCACGCUCUCUCCGACCUGCUGUCUCCAGGGUUACAGGAGAGCUACGCAGAAUCCUGCGACGCUCUCAUCGAAGGCGACGACCCCGUCGGUGCGGCGCAGGACAUUCAGGUCGCCCUGCGAGAAGGCCUGCCCGAAAACCUUCUCCCAGAAGGCUUCCUGGACACACUGGUGACUUGCUUGACCCAGUUUUCGCACAACCGGGCGUGCGACGGUGUCCAGCUGACCCGCUCCGGGGUGUUCUGGGUGAACAUGGGCCUGCUGCAGAUCCAAGUUUGGGUUCCACAGACGAUAUUUGACCCAGCAGUAAAGCGGGCCUACAAACUCAAAUACGCACAAGACGAGCUCGCCUUACUUCAAGAUGAAUGGAAUGGGCGGAGUCUGUCAUCCCAGCUGCUCACAGGGGUGCAGCUUGAAGAGAGCAGCACCACGGAUGCCUUCCAACAUCCCCGAAUCAGGUACCUGUGGAUCCGCAUGCGACAGGUUAAAGAACAGAUCUGCGAGCUCGGGCGUAAACAGGCAUGCCGGCCCGCUGAGCCCCAGUACGGACGCCUGUACCAGGAGCUCCAGCACUACCUGUGCAGCAUCGGGCAGCCAGCAGCAGUGGGCGACCUGCUGUCACACCUGCUCAAGGCCCUGCAGGGCUCCGGCCCCAAAUCCCGCCCAGGCAUCCAAGGCCUGUUAAAGGAGGAGGCCGUGUGGCAGGCAUCACAGCAGCGUUUCUCCCAGCGCCUGGCCGACGAGUACCCGCUGUACCCGGACGUCGUGGUGCCCUUGCGCUCCGCUAUCCUGCAGCUGCAGCACGGUAUGCGUCUGCUGGCCUCACAAGUGGCGUCUACGUUGGUCGCGCUCCCAGGUCUCCCGCGCCUCGUCUCCACGCUGCUGGCUUUUCCUGCACCGCCGCUGAGCUCUGAUCUAGAGCGCUCCCAGUACCUGUGCUCUCGGACAUGCAUGGACACUCUCCGAGGACUGGAGAGGGUCCUUCCUGACACCGAGGUGACCUGCGUGGUCCCGGAGCCUGUCGUGUUACUGCUCAGCGCUCUGCUGUGUCUGCAGAGCCACGCAAUAAGUACAGGAGAGCUUGGGACAGAGGCACAGAAUCUGCUCAGACACGUGUGUCAGGCAUUGGUGAACGAGUGGGAUGAGCAGGAGAGGAGAGCGAGGGAGAAAGAGCAGAAGGAGGCCAGUUUGUAUCGCAGUCGCUCUAAACUACACGGAGGAGGCCUCAGCGAGGAGCAGCAGGAGGAGCGUGAUUUCAGGCGCACCUUCCCCACAUACCACAAAGAUUUUGCUGACAUCACAACAGAACCCAGUCUGGAGCAGCCAAUCAUUAUCGAGGAUGAUGAAGAAUGUGACGGGGAGACGGAGCCUAACGACAGCGCCGUCUUCAGAGUGUCCGGCUGCCAGAAGACUGUCGUUCAGGUGCAUCAGAAGCUGUGCCUGGCCUUCGCACAAUCGCCGUGGUACCGUCCGAAUCCACCGAGCGAUCGGAGCAAAGAACACCUCAGCACGUUGGUCUCGUCUUAUCAGAUCGCCGCACCUUUAAUAGCUCGCUUCUAUCAUCUUCUGGACUGUGAAAUGGAUCCUCAGCUGACGGGCUGUCAGCUUCUGCUCAGUUCCGUGCUACAGAACACGGUCCGGGGCUCCGGAGGUCCGGCCGGCCUAAUCCUCCAGAGCGACGGACCGUACGACUUCUACCGCGAGCCAAACAUGUGCCAGGCUCGGCUGUGCCUUCCUGCCAUCGAGCAGCUAGCCCGCGCAGUCUGCCGGCGUCUAGACGACUGGCCUGAUCACCCGGCGCUGGUGCAGAUCACUGUGGUGAUCGAGAGGAUACUAGCAUUCAGUCUGUCCAGCCCACUGGCCAAGUUCCUUAACGGGCUGGAGAUCCUGCUCAGCAAAUCACAGGACUGGGAGAAUAACGCCAGUCGCGCUGUGUCUUUGAGGAGCGAGUUGGAGCCCAUCACACAGCUCAUCAUCCAGUGGAGGAAACUGGAGCUUAACUGUUGGUCUAGCAGUCUGGAUAACGCUCUGAGGCGGCACGCGGAGAACUCGAACAAGCACUGGUUCUCCAUCUACCAGCUGAUCGAGAGAUAUCUACAGGAGAAACGGGCCGACGACAAACCCGACGUGAAGGAGUUGCUCCUGCCCUCGGUUUCAUCCACACUGCAGGGCUUCAUGGAGGGAUCCACACUGGGCGAGUUUCACACGCGCUUGGCCAUGCUGCUCGCCUUCCACUGCCACGUCCUAUUGGCUCCCAAACAAGAAGGACACGCCUCGCUGUGUAGUUUGCUGUGGAACCUCCACAAGUACUACACACAGUUCUCUGACAGCAUCCAGGCCAGAAUCACGCAGCUGAGAGCGCCCAUCGAAAAAGAACUCAAGGACUUUGUGAGGAUCUCCAAGUGGAACGACGUGAGUUUUUGGGCUAUCAAACAGUCCGUGGAGAAAACACACAGGACCCUGUUCAAGUUCGUGAGGAAGUUCGAGGCGGCGCUGUCCGGGCCGUGCGCCCCCUGGCUGGUGGAGCAGAAAAGCAGCGGCAGCACGGACAACACGGACAGCGUGGACAGGCAGCAAGAGCACACGCCGCUGCACCAGCUCCACCGCGCACUCGAGAGCGCCCUCCCUGGACGACGCAGAGACCUACAGAGCGACGGUCCAGACGAGGUCACGUCCAGCACGGAGCCCUCGUCGCUGCAGGCUCGUCUACCCUCGCUCACAAGGAAGAUGAGGAAGAUGUGUGUGCAGCUGGUGAAGAAGGCGCCGCUGCCCGAACUGUCAGAAGACCUCGACCAGUUUACAGUGGAGAUAAUUAGCAACGUUCAGGCACUGCAGAGCUUGACGGUGGACCGCUCUCUAGAGCAGGAGAGGCAAAAAGCUGAAGCGAAACAGAUCCUGCUGCAGAAACAGCGAGCUCUGGCUGACCUCUUUAAGAUGCUGGCGCAGAUCGGUCUCUCGUAUCGUAAAGGCCUGACGUGGGGUCGUAUAGCAGAUCCGGAAGAACCGCUCUUACUGCAGCCUGUAGAGAUGAGAACAACACUGGCUGCACUGAGAACACAGGAACCCACAGAAAACCUGCUGUUUACUGAGAUGAUUGGCACAUGGGACGGCUGUCAGAAAUAUUUCUACCGCUCCUGGGCCAGACGUAACGCCAUGCAAGCUGCGAUGCAGGCAGCUGUAAAGGAGCUCGGUUUGGGUAACGUGGAGCGAUGCCGGGGCUUCUCCUCUCACCUGUUCAAACUGCUGCUCAGGCAAAGGCGCCGCCUGGCCAAAAUAACGGGACACUACGCGGAUCUCAGAAGAUUGAUCGACGCCGUACAGGACGUCCGGUCUCAGACGGCCUCGGGAGAGGACGAGCAGAGCGGGCUUCCCCCUCAGGACUCUCUCUGCAGCUGGGCGGCGAAGGCGCGGACGCUGGCGCAGCAGUGCUGCGUGGCCGUGCAGCAGCUCUCCUGGGUGCUGCAGUGCUGUCCCGAGGGGUGCGAGUCCAGAGAGGGCGGGCAGGGCGAGGCCACGCUGAGCCACCCUACACCUCUGCCAGCUCACCUCCAACCUCAGGCGUGUCUAAUGAGGCGGGGCGAGGCGAGCUGGACGGAGGCCGUGAAGCACGUAGAGGCUUUGCAGAGCGAGAGCACGCAGCUGAAAGAGAGGCUUAACGCCCUGGGGCAUGAAUCUGAACAAACAGCGAUCCAAACCAGGAGGCACUUGGAGGAGUGCAGCUCAUGCGUGCACGCUUUAGGAGCACUGGCAGACCGGAUGGCGGUCCUGGAGCGCCUCUUCGACCUCGAUGGCAGCGUCGCACCUCGUUCGCAGCUGUGUCUCACACGAGGCCUGCGCGGCAUCCGGACGGAGGUGGGAACCUGCGUCAAGGAGUUCACCGCCUGGAGAUCACACCUGCGACCACUCAGAGCAUCAUCCAAACGUUCCGCCGCGCCGUUCCGGGCCGAGUUCUCCGAGGAGUUGGAGAGAACCAUAAACACGGUUCUGUGUGCCGUGCAAGGACUGGUGAAGAGGAGAGAACAGGAAGUGCAGAAAGAGGACAGCAGGAAAGAGAGCGAUUCCGAGGUGGCCGAGGAGCUUCUGAAGCCUGGACACCUGAGCCGGUUACUGGAGGAGGACUUGAGUGGAGACGUGUCGUGUCUCUCCCUGGCUGAGGUCACUGGGGUCACGGGGAGGUUGCUGGAGAGGCUGCGAUCCUACAGAGACACGUGUCCGGCACGGCACUUAGGGGAGCUGAAGGAGGCCUGCAGGAAACUGGUUCGCCUGGAGCCCAUGCUGCAUGUGUACUCGGAGCUGGUACGCUGGUACGUGGCCGUGUGUAUGGGCGCUCACCGCAGCACGGGCAAACUGCUGUCCGUCCUCGCCAGCGUCUUCACCGACCUCGCUCAGAAGGGAUUUUGUUUGCCCCAGGAGUUAACGGGCGGAGGUGACGGAGAAGGAGCUACGGAGUUCCACGACUACGAGGGCGGCGGGAUCGGAGAGGGCGAGGGCGCCAAAGAUGUCAGCGACAAGAUCGAAAACGAAGAGCAGGUCGAGGACACGUUUCAGGAAGGGCAGGAAAAGAGCGAAGAGGAGCCAGACAAGCGGGAUAUUAAAGAAGAAGACAACGCCGUCGAGAUGUCCGAGGACUUCGACGGGAAAAUGCACGACGGGGAGCCACGAGAAUCAGGUGACGAGGAGGACUCUGAUGAAGAAGAUGAGGAGCUGGAUAAGAAAAUGGGAGAUCUGGGAGAUGGGCCAACUGACACCCUGGAUGAAAGGAUGUGGGGUGACGAGGAAGAUGACGACGACGAUGACGGCAGUGACAAGGAGGACGAGUCCGGGCCGGGAAUGGACCAGGGAGCGUCCGAGCUGGUUGCCAAAGAUGACAACACAGAAGCCGGGGAGUCGAAUAAAGACAAGAAAAACAAGGACAAAGACGAUGCGAUGGACGUUGAAGAUGAGAAGGAGAAAAUCCAUGAGCAGGUAGAUGAGCGCGAGUUCGACGAGAACGAGGCGGACCCCUACCACGGUAAGCAGGAGCAGAAAGCCGAGGCAGAGGCCAUGGACCUUCCGGAAGAGCUCAACCUGGAUCAGGAUGAACAGGCAGGACAGGAUGAGGAAGGAGAAGGAGAAGACGAGGCCGAGAACCCGUACGACAUAGCGGACAAACCCAUGGAGGUGGACGAGGGAGAGGAAGGCGAGGAGACGAUGGAAGACCAGAAGGACUCUCAAGGUGAAGAAGCAGGAGAGGAACAGAACGCGGAGGAAGAGACUGGAGGGGAACAAACCGACCGAGACAAAGACUCUGAGACAGAUGAGAGAGGAGAAGAUGAAGGAGAAGGGGAUGAGGAAGAGAAGGAGAAGGGACAGGAAGAAGGUAGAGAGGAGGACAAGGCCGUCCCUGCUGAUCUGGGCCAGAAACCAAAGAACGAAGAGCAGGACGGGGAGGAGGAGGAGGAGGAGGAUGCCCAGCUGGAGUCUGCCGAGAGAAAGGAGCACGCGACGGACGGGCAGACCGGCGAGGAGAACGUUCAGAGCGACACAGCGGCCGAGCUGGCAGGAGCCGCGUCCGAAAGAGACCAGUCCAAAGAGGAACACGGGACCGGGUCGGCCGACGCCAGUCAGGCCGAGGGGCACGACUCCACGCUGGUGGCCAGGAUGAGCUCUCGGACGCAGAGACAGAAACCGACACAGAGUUUCAAGCGGAAGCCGGGCCGGGCGGAUAACGAGCGUUCUCUGGGCGACGCCAGCGAGCGUGUGCACAAGCGUUUGCGUACGGUGGAGAGCGCAGAGCUGAGAGAGCAGGAACACGCUCCCGACGACGGCCCGCAGGAGUCGGACACGUACGAGCACGUCAGACACGGGGAGGAGAAGUACGACACGCAGACAUACGACACAGCGAGUGCAGAGCAGCAGAGACCGACUGCCACGAAGCAAGACGACGACGAUGAUGAUGUCGAGGAUGACGUUGCUAUGGAUACAGAGGAGGAGAAAGAGAUGCAGGCAGCGGACACUCUAGAGCUAAAGCCGGAGAAGCUGGACAGCUCCAAAGCCUCCAAAGGUAUGGACAGCGGAGAUCUGGACACCCGGAAGCCUGAUGAGGAAGAAGAAGCGGAGAAACCGGAGACGAAGACGGGUCACGAUGAAGAGCAGAGGAGGGAGAGGAGCAAAGAGUCCACCGUACACACUGUGCCGGAGUUACUGACGGAAGUGCUCAAGCUCCAGGUUAAAGAUCCAGACCUACUAAGAAGAGAUUUAGAGCUGCAGUUGGAAGCGUGGCACAAGCAGACUCCGGGAUCUCCGGAAGAGGAGAGCGCAGCGGCAGCGAUGUGGCAGCAGUAUCAAGCGCUCACCUCGCCUCUGUCGCAGCAGCUGUGCGAGCAGCUUCGCCUCAUCCUGGAGCCCACGCAGGCUGCCAAGCUCAAAGGAGAUUACCGCACGGGAAAGCGGCUGAACAUGCGCAAGGUCAUCCCCUACAUCGCCAGCCAGUUCCGGAAAGACAAGAUCUGGUUGAGGAGGACGAAGCCCAGCAAGAGAGACUAUCAGAUCUGCUUGGCUGUGGACGACUCGUCCAGCAUGGUGGACAAUCACUCCAAACAGUUGGCGUUCGAGUCAGUCUCCGUGAUCGUGAACGCUCUCACCCUGCUGGAGGUGGGACAAGUGGCAGUGUGCAGCUUCGGCGAGAGCGUCCAGCUGCUCCACCCAUUCCAGCAGCAGUUUAACGACCAAUCAGGAGCUCGAAUCCUGCGGCUCUGCCAGUUCCAGCAAAAGAAGACGAGAAUAGCUCAAUUUUUGGAGACUUCAGCCAACAUGUUUGUAGCGGCCAAACAUCAAAAUCCAUGCUCUGCAAAUACAGAGAUGGCGCAGUUGUUGCUGAUCGUCUCCGACGGCAGGGGCUUGUUCCUGGAGGGGAAGGAGAGAGUAGCGGCGGCGGUUCAGGCCGCUCGCAGCGCCAACGUCUUCGUCAUAUUUGUAGUGCUGGAUAACCCCAACUCCAGAGACUCCAUAUUGGAUAUCAAAGUGCCCAUCUUCAAAGGACCGGGCGAACUGCCGGAGAUCCGCUCCUACAUGGACGAGUUCCCGUUUCCGUUCUACGUGAUCCUGCGCGACGUGAACGCCCUGCCUGAGACGCUGAGCGACGCUCUGAGGCAGUGGUUCGAGCUCAUCACUGCCACCGACCGGUAACAAAGCGCCAGGAAGCCACGACUGCACAAAUCCUCUCGGUGCUGCUAGCCUCCCGGACACGGAGACACACACAGAAGGACACACACAUGCGUAUACAAACGCCAGACCGGCUGCUGUACAUGUGCGUUUUCUUUCGUCUUCGCCGUCGUUUUAAUGAAUUGUAGUUUGAUUUGUAGAAAUUGCUGCUCUUGAGUAUUCUUCAAUAGGAUGUUGAAGAGCUUUGGAUUAUAACAGUAUUUUUCUCUUCCAUUUGAAGUAAGAUUUAAAUGAACAUUUCCAACAUACUGAGAGAGAACGUGAGAUGUUUUUAAGCUCGUACAUCCUUGUACACAUCUGGUUUUGAAAGGUGACGACUGUGAAUGGCACUAUAUCGGGGGGGGGGGACAAAACAGAAGUGCAUGUUGGACUUUUUUUGUCACGAUGCGUUUGCAGAAAUCCAGCAAAGAAUUGUGCCUUUCGAAGAACCCCAACCCCAUCUCUGGACAGAACACGUCAGAAGCUCAUGACUCGUGCACACUUUCUAGGAUUCUGGAGAAUGUUUCAGCCAUCAUGAUGUCCAACGCGGUCCGCAUUAAUCUGAGCUACGUGCAUGGACCAUCACCGGCUCUCUCACCAAGCAGACUGAAUUCAAAUACGUGACACCGUUGUUAAUACUUUUUAGGACUUUGUUUCCAUUUACUGUGUGAAUUACGCAUUCAAGCUGGUAAAAUCAAUAAACGUUUCUUCACAUAGAUCAUUCAAAUCAAGAUGGAACUUUGUGUAUGUUUUGGGUCUUUAACAUCCUCUUACAGUUAAUUAUACGUUUAAAGAUUGUGGACUAGUGUUUUCAUGAUGAACUGACUGCGGGACAAGAGAGACGGGACGAGUUAAAGAAACGCGGUUCUUUGAUUUCGUAAACACAAGAAGAUUGUGUAUCGAGAACAAGCUGUCGCUUGUGUUUUUGCUGCAUUUUGUUAAGCGACUAUAAGAAAGAAAGGAAAAAUCAGGGAAGAUGUUUUUUCAGAUAUUUGGCCAGAAUUUCAUUUGAGAGGCAUAUAUAGUAAACAAAUAGCAAAAUUACAGGGUGUCCCAAAAAGUCUCCAUACACAGUCUUCCAAAAAUGUUCAUACUUGGUGUGUAUAUAUUUUUUCCAGAUAGGCUUUAAGAUGAUUCUCACGGCUGGAUCGGGAAGCUGUCGCAAGGUUGCGAUGGACUUUAACAGGAAACAUGACAAGCACAUCACACACACACACACACACACACGGCACUGCUGCCAAACUUAUUAACAAAUUCAAAAAGACUGAGAGAAAGAAACAUUUUGUGGUGCCAUGACCAAAGAUGACUCUUUAAUAAAUAAGUUAUAAUAUAUCGUUUCUGUUCCGAUAAAGCUAUAUUUUAUUCUAUUUUAUCUAAGUGUCUUUAGAAAAUCGUUCUUCAUAUACCCUGAUUCGUAGUUGGAUAUGCAAAUCGUUCGACGACAUCAUCUGGGGACUUCUAUCAACUGUUGGAGCACUUUAUCUACAUUCCCCUGAAAAGAGGGGUCCUGUACACACAAAAAAAGAAAAGAUGGAUGAUGAUAACGUUUAAUGUCCGAAAGACAAUCAUUGUGUUCAAUUACAAUGAAUGUACCCCUCGUUCCCAUCCCAGGAAAUCAACAGUUAUACGGCUAGUGUAUAUCAGAUCAUUUA